AUGUUGGGCGUGAUUGGUGGCACGUCGCUGUUCCACUCACAGCGCUUUGCGGGCUUUGACAGACGACACGUCCAUACACCAUACGGGGAGGUCGUCUGCUAUUGCGACAGUACAGAACCGUCUCUGGUAUUCUUGCAGCGGCACCAUGCGGACGCUCAUCGUGGUGUUGACGCGUAUACGCCUCCACACCGUAUAAACCAUCGUGCAAACCUGUACGCCUUAAAGCAAGUCGGCGUGGACCGCUGUGUAGGUGUCUACAGUGUCGGAUCUCUGAACCCCGCAAUUCGAGUAGGGACCUGUGUGCUUACCCACGACUUUUGCUCCCUCGCGCAACUCUGUCGGGCGGAAACGUUUUAUGACGAGGACAUGCGAGGCCACGCAGUCAUCCGCUUUGAUCAGAUGCUUCGCGACCGAGUUCUGACGUCGCUCAAGGAUCUGUCUGCUGCUUCCCAGAUUGGCGAUUCGAAGACAGCAGAAACGUCGUCUAAGCAGUCGUUUGUCAUGGCUUCAACGGCUUCUGCAGCAAUGAGUUUCCACGACGGUGGCGUUUACGUGCAAACCGCUGGACCCCGCUUCGAGACACCUGCCGAGGUUCGCAUGCUGCGAACGUUCGGAGACGUGGUAGGUAUGACUGGUGCCUCCGAGGCCGUCUGCUGUGGCGAGCUGGGAAUCCCCUACAUGCAAGUCUGCUUUGUCGAUAACCUGGCGAAUGGUCUGAUCAGUGGAGCAGAACAAACGGAGAUUGCUGAAUUUCACGACAAUGUGAAGGCUAAUCUCAAACGCGUAGAGGUAAUUAUUGACCGAGUGAUUGAGACGUUGCGACAUUGA